AUGGAGCACGGCAUGUAUGUGACGAGUCAGCAGAGCACGGAGCUGCAAGAAGAGCAGAGCAAUGGGAAGGACAUGUGCAGGUCAAUCUCUGUUCAGCCCGUAUUGACCCGGGAUUCCCUUCAGCAGUAUCUGCAGGUCCAGCCGGACCAGACCGUGCUCAUCCUGCAUGCCAAGGUGGCUCAGAAAUCAUAUGGCAGUGAAAAAAGGUUCUUCUGUCCGCCUCCAUGCGUUUAUCUCAGCGGGCCGGGGUGGAAGCUGAAGCAAGAAGAGCUCAAAGCCAGUGGCUUGGGUGACUCUGCUUGCAAUCUGUGUGGGUACAUGGGCCUGGACAACGCAGGCAGCAGCCAGACGGAAACAUUGAAAAUGAACUUUGACGAGCAACCGGACUCAAAGAGAUUUGGUUGUGCAAAGACCCUGUAUAUCUCCGACACGGACAAAAGGAAACAUUUCCGUCUGGUUUUAAAGCUGUUCUUCAGCAACGGCCAAGAAAUCGGGUCCUUUUACAGCAAAUUGAUUAAAGUGAUUUCCAAGCCUUCCCAGAAAAAGCAAUCCAUGAAGAAUGCAGACUUGUGCAUUUCUUCAGGAUCAAAGGUUUCCCUCUUCAAUCGGCUGCGUUCCCAGACCGUCAGCACCAGGUAUCUGUCAGUGGAAGGAGGGGCCUUUGUAGCGAGUGCCAGACAGUGGGCAGCAUUCACCAUGUACCUUGUGGAUGACCAGGACUCUGCCCGGGGAGACUACCCAAUCCGGGAUGGGUAUAUUUGCUAUGGAUGUGCAGUGAGACUGGUAUGCACCAGCACUGGUGUGGCAUUGCCCACUAUGGUAAUCCGCAAGGUGAAUAAACAGUACGCCAGUCUAGAUGUGGAUGAGCCCGUGUCUCAGCUCCAUAAGUGUGCGUUCCAGUUUAAGGACAGCAACAGGAUGUACUUGUGUCUGUCCAAUGAGAAGAUCAUACAGUUUCAGGCUUCUGCUUGCCCGAAGGAGCCCAGUAAAGAGCUGCUCAGUGAUGGCUCCUGUUGGACUAUCAUUGGAACAGAGACAGUAGAGUACACCUUCAGUGAGAGCCUGACGUGCAGCCAGAGUGCCGUGACUCCAUUCCCUGUCGUUGGGAGCCUUGAGCUCAACGGCGGUGGGGACGUGGCCAUGCUGGAGGUGCAGGGUGAAAACUUCAGCCCAAUUCUGAAGAUCUGGUUUGGAGAUGUAGAAGCAGAGACCAUGUACAGGAGUCCCAAGUCCCUGAUAUGUGUGGUGCCCGAUAUCUCUGUGUUCAGCAGGGAGUGGAGGUGGCUGAGACAUUCCGUUACUGUCCCCUUGUCUCUGAUCCGAAGUGAUGGGCUCAUCUACUCCAGUGCCUUCUCCUUCACCUACACGCCCGAGCAGAGCUCCCUCCCUCGGCAGAGAGUGACCCCGGAGCUGCCCCCGGACUCAGACACCCUGCUGGAGAGCAUCCACCAGGAGUUCACACGGACCAACUUCCACCUGUUCAUGCAGAGCUAGCACCGACAGGCAUGAACACAAAUACAAAAAAACAUGCCAGCAAAAAGUAGAGGCUGAAAUGAUGAUGCAAUCAUCUGUGCAACUAUACCUGAUUGAAAUGAAAUGAUCUGCAACUGUAUCGGAUUGAAAAACAUCAAAAUAAAAGUCGUUGCUUCACACA